AGACACUUACCAGAAUUUUGAACUUCAUCUGACACGAUGGGUUUAGCCAGUCUCUUCCUUUUCCUUGCUCUCCUCUUUGGUUCUGAUGUGAAAAGUGCUACAGGGAGGGAGUACUACUCAGUCCUUACAGUGGAUAAUGGGCAGUCAUGGGGAAGCUGGGGCAGCCAGGCCUUCUGUCCAGCUGGCUCUUAUGCGACAGGUUUUAGUCUUAAAGUUGAGUAUUACCAGGAAGGCGGUGAUGACACUGCAGUGAAUGGCAUUCGCCUUCAUUGCACACAGCCAGGACGUGACGAUUCGACCCGAGUCGAAUCUACAUCGGGAACGUGGGGUGAAUGGACACGAACUCAGUUCUGUCCAUUCGGGUCACUGAAGUCCUUCCAGCUGAACGUGGAGCCUCAGCAUGAUGGUGAUAACACAGCAGUGAACAACAUAAGGUUCAAGUGCUCUGGUAUCACGAUGCUGGAAGGCUAUGGUAUGGACUUUGGAGACUGGGGAAGAUGGAGCUCUGAAUGCUCCUAUGGUGGGAUCUGUGGUAUUCAGACCAGGGUAGAACCAUAUCAGUGGAAUAUAGAUAACACUGGUCUCAAUGAUGUACAGUUCUUCUGCUGCAAGUAGAGAUCUGGCAUGUGGAAGAUGAACACCAAGUGUAUUGGUCUACUAACAAACACACAGUGUUUUUUUUCUUAUAGCACAACAAAUGUAUUUUUAAUGAACAGCAUAAUCACUUGUGCAAUCAGCCUUUUUUUUUUUUUUAAUAAGAAUUGUAUCGUACAUCAUAUCUUAAAUUGUCUAAUCAUAAGCUAUAUCAUAUGUUCAUGUUUUGAAAGAGUUUCAUUCACAAAAUCUUUGUGCAGUGUAUGGUUCCCAAAAUUUAGCAUCUUUGCUCUAAUAAUGAUUAAACUGCUUUUGGAGUUUUGGUCAUUUGAAAUAA